AUGGAGAGUACUAGUUCAUCUCCUAGCGAGAAUGAAGACGAUUUUGAAGACAAAGAGGAGACAGGUAACAGAACAUACAUUUCCAUUAACCUUUUCUGAUAACUUAUGAUGUUUAUCCAGCCCAACAAUGGAUUUAUCGUCAUCUUAUUGAAUUUACUAAUUGUGAAGACAGUUCUGCCAGGAGUUUGGUCGAUGGGGAUUGUUCACCACUUAUUCAGCUGUUGACAGAUAUAACUCAGACUAAAGCCUUGUUUAUAACAGUUUCCAAGCCUGUUGUACUAGACUUUGCCGUGGUCAGCUCAUACUUCUCGGUUGGAAUUUCAAACGUAACUUUAUCAGACACCUGUAAUGCCGGAUUCUGUCCCUAUUCCUGAAGUCGUUGCACCAAAGAAACAAGCCAAAAAGGGACUGAAGAAGCUUAAGAAGAAAACAAAAAAGAAAAAGGGCAAGCAUUUUCAAAUUUCAUCUAAUUUUUUUCUCCUUUUCGAAAUAUUUCCAUUCAGGUCACGGAAAGAAGAAAAAAACAAAGAAGAAAGAGAAAGAGAUUGCGACUGUGAUUGAACCGCCCCCGCUCCUUGCAGACCCCGUAAGAAAUGAAGUUAUGCCAAGGUCGACGGGUUUUCGUUUCAGACAGUCGAUAUGAUAUUUGAAUGGUGGACAGUAGCCGAUUUUCCGGUCCACAAGCAAUUCAUAUUCAUUAUUCCUCAAAGUCGAGCAGCUACCACUGAAUCCCGAUUGGAUGAGCUUUAUCAUGUGGGCUUUAUAAAGAACCGAAGACUUUUAGACGUAACACAAGAUUUUCGUAUGUUUUUAGUACUCGUACACACUUUAGGCAGCCUUGCAAUGCUUGUACACUAUUUUCUACGACAAAGCUUUAUUUGAAAUGAAAAUCGACUUGUUAUUUCUUAUAAACGAGGUAGAAGAUAAGAAAAUGACGAACGAGUUUGUGUUCGAAAGGUAUACACAAAAUAUUAUGAACUUUACAAAGAUCAUGCAUAAGAUUCAGGUUCAUAAUAGAAAACAUCUCGAGAAACUUCAAUAUGAAUGGGCGACUUCGCAAUAUAGACUCAGAUGCUAGGUCAAUCACAUUGAUACUGUCCCAGACAGUUCAGACGUUUUGUUUUCAACCUGAAAUGAAAGAUAGGGCACGGUUAUUGAUACAGUUGUCGUUUUUUGAUAUUGAGUACCUUGGGUCAUUUCCGGAUAUUUCUAUAACAGGUAUUUUCAUAUAGUUUGAACUAGGUUUAAAUCGAUUUUUUUCCAGCAGCUCGUCUAGAACGAGCUUUGAAUCACAUCUCGUUUCUACAACUCCUAUACAAAGAUGAACUUUGUGAAUGGAACCGAAAAACAUAUUUAUACCUGUUAGACCUAUUUUCGACCAUUCUCGCCCAUGAAAUCACAAAGUUAGUAGACCAUCGCGCACAGAAUUUCCCUGUACUGUCGCUCACAGAAAAUCCAACUUUAUGACAAAUUACUCGCCGGAGAAAAAAGUUGGACCAAUCUGCAAAAGUUUUAAAGAAGUUGUAAAGAAACUUGUCACGUAACGAAAUAACUAUGAAGUCAUCCAUUGCUCUUGCUAAUAUUUUCAGAGUGAGCAGAGAGGUAUUUGAAACGCAAGAAGAUUGGUCCGCAACUAAUAAAGUGUCGUUUUCCUUUUAUAUUGUCGGUAUUUUAGAGGAGGAAAUUGAUGUAUGACAAGACAAAACGACAAUAUAUAUAAUGUUUAGAGUUUUUCAGAGCAUUAUUGAAAAAGUUGAAGAAAUGAACAGUGAAACGAGGGAUAUGAGUUUAGACAGAAGUGCAAUGCAAGCUACAAGAGUUAUAUUGACUGAAUUGGAUGUGUAUUUACAAGAGGUACAGUGAAAUUUAAAAGAAAUUGAACUAUUAUCGAGUUAACUUACAGAAGUGUCUGGAAAGUGCAGUUGAAAGUGGGAAUCUUGAAUCUCUUCGAAGUUUGGCUGCAACUAUUGUGAAGCACAAUAAAAGGCUGGAAAGAGUUGUUGCACUCUUUUAACAUAGUGAGUUUUUAAGACAGAAAAGCACUUCUGAUUUCUUAUAUUCUACAGUAAGAACAGAGGGACUUGGAACGACACACAUGCUAACAACAUUGGAUACAUAAAACUUCCCAAUUUAUUCAAACCCACAAAUACGUCUAAGAGUCGUCAAGUGUUUAAGACGAAAAAGGCUAAGAAGAUGGAGGAGUAGAAGCUUUAAUUCAAUUAUUUGCAUGUUUUCUUUUCUUCACACAUCCUCAUGUGGUCCUCUUCAUGGACCGACACCAGAAUCGACAUGUUUCCCAUCUUCCCCGCGGUCUCAGAUGCUCUAUUGAAUUCAACCUGAAAUGACAUGCUAAAUCAUCAUCUUUGAGAUGUUAACAUCAAAAUGGAAAUGUAUAAUAUAAGUUGUCUUUCGUCACCUUGCUCUUCAAUAUACCCAACAACACUCGAUAUAAAUAAAAAGCAAGCAAACCGCUUCUUCUCCUUCUUCUUUUUUUCAUCAUCAUUUUCUUCUCCCUCUCCUUCUUCUUCUUUUCCAGUCUCAGCUUCCUAAUUCAAAUGCUACUAAUGACAUACAAAGUGCUUCGAUUAAGAUUCUUUGCCAUUAAAUUGGCUCUUCGGCUCCGACUCUUGUUGCUCCACCCACAGUUUUUUGUGUCACUAGUCUGUGUCAUGAGUUUUGUAACUCUUAAAUCUUGCAGAUCAAACAAAGAAUUUCAAAAAUGUUCAUGGGAUCUCCAGAUAUUCCUACAAUAUCUCUGGAUGACCAGGUGAGUAAGCUUCGGGAAUUAGUUAUGACUUUGCUCAAUUCGUCUCAAACUCGUCCAGAUGAAUCACUUCUUUCACCUUCUUAGCGAAUCAUUCAAAUUUUAGCUCGAAAAUGAAAAAUAGCAAGACACACACACACAUACACACACUCACUUAAAUCUGUUUACGUCAUUAGUUCACUUAUUCUGUGCAUUUUUGAUUAAUAAGGAGAAAAAGAAGAAGUUAAUCUUUAAGUGAAGACGAGCCACAAGAUCGAAUCAUGAGUCUACUACCGCCUUUCCGGUUACCAGGAAAACGUUGUCAACUUUGGCUUUACCACUUUUUAUCGCCUUAUGAUAUAAUCUGAGAAGACAGCUACAUAUCACAUCAUGUUUCGCUCAUAUUUUGUAUUUUUCUUUUGAAAUGUUGUGUUUUGAAUCUGUGUUUUGAAGAAUUUUUACGUUAGGGUACAAAAAAUACAUGAUGCGUGAAGCAGAAGCUCGGGUGGUUGCUAAGUUUCCGAGUCGCAUCUCCGACAGCAACCAGCCCAAUUCAUCCACUUUUAAUUCCAAGUGUACGAAACCUGACUUAUGAAAGUUGAAUAUUGAUGACAUAUGAAUAACGUCUGUUUUAGCGCUGUAUGAGUCUUUCACGUCUUUCCACCAAUCAUCUCUCCGCGCCACGUUCUUUGCGGCGUUGUCGAAGUGCUUCGCCGGCUACUGGACGUGUUCUGAAUUUGAUUCCAGAGCAUCAGAAACUUAUCAAGUGUGCUACUAUACUUUUACUUGUUCUCAAUCAAAGUUUAGACAAUCAUGGAACCGAAUUCCAAAAACCCAGUUCGGACGUGCCGCUCUGGAAGCCUUUAUCACUUCCGCUGAUGUCAGUCAUGCCAUAUUUGUGGACAAGGAGACUGAGAAUCGGCAUGUGAAAUACUUUGUCGACCUGGUCCAGUCAUGUGUCGAUAACCUUGAGAACUUGGAGAGUGGAGUGAAACCGUGGCUAGAUUUGAUUGGAAGAGGACACGCGAACUUCAAGAUCACGUGAGUAUUGUUUGGGUUAUUACAAUUAUAAGCUGCUAGUGAUAGGAGAAAGUAAGGUCGAGACAAAAUUCUUUUGUUUUAAACUCUCUUCCAGUGUGUAUCGCUAUUGUUUAACAGUCUUAGUUGUCGCUGGCCAAGUUUCUUUCUAGAAAUGUCUGAAGAAGCUGUAAAGGUCUAAGAUCACGCAUUUCAGGGGCAAGCACUGGGAAAAAUUCGCUGAAAGUCUUCUAACCACCGCAACUGAAUGGAACGGACCCGGACGUCGCCAUAAAGAGACAGUGAAGGCUUGGAUGAUUAUGUCGUCUUACCUAGCGGACCGUCUCGCCCACGCAUCCCGCAUUGCCCAUCACUCCCCAAUGCUCACUCCACGUGUCCAGCUUAUAACGUUAGUCAUUUUUCUUUUGACACUCCAUUGUAUGCCUAAAAUAUUUCAGAGGAAGGUCGGCGUUCGAGUUCAACAAUUGA